UUGAGCCUCCCGGGUACACCUGACAGGUUACUUCUUUUACUUCACCUGUGGGAAACGUCUAAAGUAGCCAGCUUGCCACUUUUACACCAAGUUACGGAUUGUUUCAGUGAUGUGACCCGAGUAAAAACAGGAAAAUCACCAAAGAUGACUUUUAGCAGGGAAGUUUAACCAACAGUCAGACUCUUUACAGUGCACCAGGUAUCGACUUGGAGAAAAAGAAAAAUUUAAUAAAAAAUGUCUGGCUUAGGUGGUUUUACCACAGAUUUGAUUGAAGAGGUGGCACUUACACCUGCAGCGCCACUUUUCGCAGAAGGUAAAAAGCCAGAAGAGAUCUACACUGUAGAGGAAAGAAGAAAUGUUACAGAUGAGGAAGAAGACGAGGAUUUAAAGGAGGAGGAGGAGGAGGAAGUGACCAGGUCUGCUCAUCUGGAGCCGAGCACUCUGCCAUGGCCUGGAGACAAAGACAAGAGGCCUCAGAGGGACAACGACGAUGGAGUCUGGUCAGAAAAAGGAGUUUCUGAGCCUGAAGAAAGGGACACGGGGAUCAGCGCAGGGAGCCAGGACCUGUCGGAGGAGCGGAGCCAGGCCGAGAGCGACAGAAAGAGCAAGUGGAGGGAGAGCAUGCCUGAGGGGGAGAGGUGGAGAGACGACGAGAUCGAGGCGCAGCGGGACGAUAAAGGGGAAGGCUCACUGGCAGACGAUGAAGAUGAGGAGGAGGAGGAAGAAGAAGAGUCGAAAUGGUUCUCAGAGAAAGCUGCUCUGGGUUUCACGCCACAAGUCACGAUUGUGCGUCCGUCCAGCAAAGAGAUUCCUGAGGAGAGCAGUCUGUUCAUAGAGAAGGACGAGGAGAAGGAGCCGCAGGCGGAGCUCCAGGAGGAGUAUUACCCAGAGUGGACAGAAGAGGAGGACAAGUACUACGUUUGUGAGCGUCUGUGUAGUGAGAAACUGAAGCUGUCUCUGGCGACUGCGGCCGCGGCGGUCCUCUUCCCUCUGCUGGUGUGGGGAGGUUACUCCCUCCUUCCCUUUGACUCCCCGAUGCUGGACGGCGCCCCCCUCAGGGUGGUGUACACUCUACGCUGCUCCUUCUUCGCCACCAUCCCUAUCCUGCUCGGUGUGCUGGUGCAGGGCGUGGCCCGGCUGCGCUACAGCGCCCUGCAGCCUCUCUACCAGAGCCAACUGAUCAACCGAGAGGUGGCGGUGCACUGGCACUACGUCAACGAAUCGCUGGGCCUCUUCCUCUUCUACUUCAUGCAGCUCGCCGUCUUUGCGACCUACAUCAGCCAGGACCUGCUCAAACUGGUGCCACUGCUCACCAUCGUGUUUGUUUUCGGCAGGCUGAUCUACUGGCUCUGCCUCUCUCUGGGCAGCAGCAUCAGGGGCCUCGGCUUCGGCUUCUCCUUCUUCCCCAUACUGGUGAUGCUGGGCGCCAACCUGUACUACGUCUGCUCGUCACUGGGACAGGGGGCGGUGUUCGAUGUGGGACCUCCCACCACUGCUCCUCCGCCCAAGCAGCGCUGGUGGGGUUAAAGGCUGUCAUCCAAAAAGGCUACAAAGCACUAAAGGAAAACAGACACUUCACCCUGAAAUCAAAAAUACAUAUAUUUCCUCUUACCUGUAGUCUUAAUAUCAAUCUGUGUUGUUUUGUGUGAGUUGCAGUGUUAAAGUUGGUUGGCGUCUUUUAUAAAUUGUGGUUCUUACAUAAAACUGCUCACAGCAUGGUCCGUGGGUUAACUUGAGUAACUGGGUCAUGACUCCUAGACAGAGAUGGCACUGUCACGUUUUUCAUAUAAACAUUUUUUGGCGCUUCGAGCACCACAAACUAAAUGCUGUCUGUUUUUGUUCUGUUUGAAAGAAGGCAGAUAUCUCUACGACCGAUAUCUCUGACACUCCAGAUUGAUGAGUAGCACUGCUGUACGUGAAAAAUUUAUUUUUUGAUUUUAGGGUAAACUGUUCCUUUAAGAAGGCCAUACAGUGGUGUAGUGGUUAGCACUCUUGACUCAAGAGAGUCGCGGGUUCAACUCCGGCCUGCAGCUCUUCUAUGUGGAGUUUGCAUGUUCUCCCCGUGUCAGCGUGGGUUCUCUCCGGGUUCUCCGGCUUCCUCCCACAGUCCAAAAACAUGCACUUAGGUUUGAUUGGUGACUCUAAAUUGCCCGUAGGUGUGAAUGAGAGCAUGAUUGUCUCUCUAUCAGCCCUGUGAUAGUCUGGUGACGUGUCCAGCAUGUACCCCGCCUCUCGCUCAAUGUCAGCUGGGAUCGGCUCCAGCCCCCCGCAACCCGAGUGUGGUUAAGGAUAACGAAUGAAUGUUCCUUUAAGAGACUGUAAACACCUCUUUUUUUUGUCAUGAGACUACAACACUCGGACAAAUUGACUUAGAGUUGCAAUCUUUCAGAUUUCAGCCCUGGUAGAUUUGGACACACCUGUGUUUAAUAUUACAUUUAACUCUCUGUGAGCAGAUUUUAUUUUGUUAUUAAAUUAAUAAUGAUCUGCUGAGACAAAAGUGUCUUGCUUUAUAGACACUGUUUUGUUCACAAUAUAAUCCACCGCGUGAUUCUGCAGUUUAAUAAUUUUAUUGUGAAACAGCAGAAGAAAAUGUUUAUAUCAGCUGUUAACUGAUGGGAUGGAAAUUGCAUUACGUGCAUGCAUCACUUUCUAUGAAUCCUUUGUGCUUAUGAAGGCAAUUGGUAAUGGCGGACCCUGCCACCACCAAUAGAAAUAUGUGGAAAAAUGGGCCUGAUUUUGUGAAAAUUUCAAGGGUUGUAACUUUGAGUGUUUCAUAAUUUCUUUGCCCCUUUUUGUUAGGUUGUACAAUGAAUUCAGAACAAAGCAAUUAAGGACAUGAAGCAGAUUGUGGGUUAAUGUGUAGCUUGAAUCUCUGAAAUCCAGUAAAAUUCACAUGCUAAUUCUGAGAGGAGGUUGGAAAAGUUUACAUACAACAAAAAGCUCCUACGUGUAUGCCAAUAUAAAAAUGCCCUGUUUACAAAAUUUGACUAAUCUUCAAUCACACAUGUUGAAACAGUCUUAACCUUUUUGCCUCAAGUUUCAGUGUUUGGAUGUGACGCAGCACAAAAUGAGGACAUAAAAACUGUCAGUUAGAAUCAAGUGAGUUAUCAACAGUAAAUGUUAAAGGCCACUGUAACAUUUUUUUUUACAAGAAGGAAUUAUGAAGUUGUUUUAUGAAUUUUCACAUUUUUAUUUUGUUGUACAACUGAUACCAAUGGUAAUCUUUAAAGUUGAUAAGUGAGACUAAAUGCAUUUGUGUUUAAUUGAUCAAGGCUUUUCUUUGUUUAUAGUGACAUAAGUUGAUGGUCUUUUUUCUUCCUUUUUAAGGGACCUUGUAUGUAUGUAAGUACCGUACUGAAAACAAUAUUUGGGACUUUGAAUGUGUUCAAUAAAACAUAACAAAAUGACA